AUGGAAGAAAUGUUCGAUGUCUUCGAGGACAAGCCCCAGGCCUCUGUCUCUGUCUCCGAAAAACCCAGGAAAUCGAAAAAAGAGAAAAAAGACAGGAACAAGAAGAGGAAUCUGAACGGAGACGUCAAAAAGGUCGCAGAGGAGCAAGAUGUCGAUUCUGACAUGAAAGAUGCGGAGCAUGCGGUAGAAAUAAUGGAGGAGGAAACAGAAAGCAAUGAGCUGGAAGAGAUGCAAGAUGCUAAGAGGCGGCGCAUGGAGCAGGAAGCAGAACCAGUGGUUACAGAUACCUUUCAAACAGAGCAGUCGCGAGAGGUCGCAGGUUCAGCGGGUUUACAAGCCAAAGACGACGGAGCUCUGGUCAUUCAACACAACAUUCAACAUCAAGUCUCCCUGCCUCCCGACUACGCAUACAUACCGAUCUCACAACAUAAACCACCUGAAAAGCCGGCUCGAGUGUAUCCUUUUGAGCUUGAUCCUUUCCAGAAGGUCUCAAUUGCUUCUAUAGAAAGAAAUGAGAGUGUACUAGUAUCGGCGCAUACGAGUGCGGGGAAAACUGUUGUUGCGGAGUACGCUAUUGCACAAUGUUUGAAGAACAACCAGAGGGUCAUCUACACAAGUCCAAUCAAAGCAUUGAGCAAUCAGAAGUACCGAGAGUUUACGCAGGAAUUUGGAGACGUUGGACUCAUGACCGGAGAUGUUACCAUCAAUCCAACAGCUACUUGUUUGGUCAUGACAACAGAAAUUUUGAGAUCUAUGUUGUAUCGGGGCUCGGAAAUCAUGCGUGAGGUUGCUUGGGUCAUUUUCGACGAGAUCCAUUACAUGAGAGAUAAAACUCGUGGUGUGGUUUGGGAAGAGACUAUUAUCUUAUUACCUGACAAGGUCAGAUAUGUCUUUUUGUCGGCCACUAUUCCCAAUGCUAUGCAAUUUGCAGAGUGGAUUACAAAGACACAUCAACAGCCCUGUCAUAUCGUCUACACAGAUUUCCGACCGACACCCUUACAACACUAUUUCUUCCCCGCAGGAGCUGACGGCAUCCACUUGAUUGUUGACGAGAAAGGCAACUUCCGAGAGGACAAUUUCCAAAAGGCCAUGUCAACCAUUGAAGAAAAAAGCGGUGCCGACCCAGCAGAUGUCAACGCAAAGCAGAAAGGCCGGGGGAAAGCCAAGAAGACGAACACCGGCGGCAACAAGGAUACCUCGGACAUCUACAAGAUCGUCCGAAUGAUUAUGCUGAAACACUAUAAUCCAGUCAUUGUCUUUAGUUUCAGUAAACGAGAAUGUGAGGCUUACGCUUUGCAGAUGAGUACGAUGGCUUUCAAUGAUGAAUCGGAGAAGAACAUGGUACAGAAAGUCUUUGAGAACGCCAUCGAGUCGUUAUCGGAAGAAGACAGGACUCUUCCGCAAAUUCAACAUAUCUUACCGUUAUUACGUCGAGGUAUUGGUGUUCAUCACUCCGGACUAUUGCCCAUCUUGAAGGAGACCAUUGAGAUCUUAUUCCAAGAGAAUCUGAUCAAAGUGCUGUUCGCCACGGAGACUUUCUCUAUUGGUCUGAAUAUGCCUGCCAAGACCGUCGUUUUUACGAGUGUCCAGAAGUUUGAUGGUACUAAGAUGAGGCAUCUAACUCCCUCAGAAUUCGUACAAAUGUCUGGACGUGCAGGCAGAAGAGGACUCGAUGACAGAGGCAUCGUUAUUAUGAUGAUCGACAGCAAGAUGGAGCCUGCAACUGCGAAAGAAAUCGUACGAGGCGAGCAAGAUAAGCUCAACUCUGCUUUUUAUCUCGGCUACAAUAUGAUUCUCAAUCUGAUGCGUGUUGAAGGCAUCUCACCAGAGUUCAUGCUAGAGCACUGCUUUUUCCAAUUCCAGAACACGUCUGGUGUCUCUGGACUAGAAAAGGAGCUCCAAGAUUUACAUACAGAACGGGAUAACCUCGAGAUCGCGGACGAAGCUACCAUAAAGGAGUACUACGAUCUUCGGCAGCAGAUCACAUCCUACACCAAGGACAUGCACGAUGUCAUUAACCAUCCUGCUUACUGUCUGCAGUUCAUGAAUCCUGGGAGACUCGUUCAUAUCAAGUUCGGCGAUCAAGAUUUUGGAUGGGGUGCUGUGGUCAAAUUUACCGCACGGCGACCAAAAAAGGGCAGCGACGAGACUUACGCCCCACAAGAAUCGUAUAUCCUCGACGUGUUACUCCAGGUAUCCGAUAGUUCAUCGGUUGGUACGCAAACUUCAACCGAUAUUCCGGUCGGUGUCUACCCACCUGCUGAGGGUGAGAAGAGCAAGAUGGAAGUAGUCCCGGUCCUGUUAUCAUGCGUGGAAGCAAUUGGCCACGUCCGUAUAUUUCUCCCUAAGGAUCUGAAAUCAACGGACCAGCGCAAUACCAUCCGCAAAGCAUUGGAUGAAGUCAAGCGUAGGUUUCCGGACGGUAUUGCGAUCUUGGACCCGAUUGACAAUAUGGGCAUUACCGACGAUUCCUUCAAGAAGCUCCUGCGUAAGAUAGAAGUUCUUGAAUCCCGCCUUUUGUCAAAUCCCCUCCACAACUCACCCCGCCUACCCGAACUUUACAACCAGUAUGCCGGGAAGAUGGAAAUCGGACGCAAGAUCAAGGAGAAGAAGAAACAAAUAACCGAAGCAUUGAGUAUUAUGCAGUUGGAUGAACUUAAGUCUCGCAAGCGAGUCCUACGCCGUCUCAACUUCAUCAACGACCAAGAAGUUGUGGAGCUCAAGGCUCGUGUCGCUUGUGAGAUCUCGUCCACUGGCGAUGGCCAUGAGCUCCUCCUAUCUGAGCUGCUCUUUGACCGCUUUUUCAACGAAAUGCCACCCGACAUGUGCGCCGCAGUUCUCUCUUGCUUUAUCUUUGAGGAGAAGACUAAGGCCCCACCCGUAAAGGAUGAAAUGGCCAAGCAUUAUGCUGAGAUCUUGCGCCAGGCGAAGAUCAUUGCGAAGGUAGCACGGGAGAGUAAGUUGGAGUUGAAUGAAAAGGAAUACGUGGAAACUUUCAAGCAGGAACUUAUGGGCGUUGUGCUGGCUUGGGCUCAGGGGAAGUCAUUUUCUGAAAUUUGCAAAAUGACGGAAGUCUACGAAGGUUCACUCAUUCGUCUCUUCCGACGACUAGAAGAACUGCUUAGACAAAUGGCUCAAGCUGCUAAAGUCAUGGGCUCCGAUGAGCUUGCCGCUAAGUUCGAGUUGUCGCUCAGCACGAUUAGACGAGAUAUUGUUGCAGCUCAGAGUCUGUACUUGUAA